GAGAAAACAAAAAAAAAGGAAAAAGUAUGGAUAAGGAGCUCCACUCGGUGCCUUAGCUUCACACCGCAACACCCACCACUUUGGCUCCCCUGUCAGCUACCCUCCACCACCGCCUCCGCCAUGGCUGGUCUCAGCACCAGCACAUUCCUCGUCAAACCCAUUCUUAAUAACUCCCACAAAACCCUUUUCCCUUCUUCCUACUUUUUUGGCCUCCGUCUCCGACUCCACAACCCCUCCACCAUCCGGCUCCCCCUUUGUGUCAGCUUCCGCAAAAUUUCCAUUUCCGGCCGCUCCGGCGGUGGUGGUGGAGGCAAUCUUCGUAAGCGCCCACCAGAAGAAGACCCAGUCCUCGAUAUCUCCUCCAUUAGGUCUGAUCAAGUAAGGCUCAUUGAUGAAGAGCAAAACAAUGUUGGAAUAGUGAAGAAAAAUGUGGCUAUUCAAAUGGCCGAAGAUGCUCAGCUCGACUUGGUCAUAUUAUCACCUGAUGCUGAUCCUCCUGUUCUUCGAAUAAUGGAUUACAACAAGUACAGGUAUGAGCAACAAAAGAAGAAAAAGGUGCAGCAAAAGAAAGCUGUUCGUAUGGAUUUGAAAGAACUCAAGAUGGGGUAUAAUAUUGACGUGCAUGAUUAUUCUGUUCGUUUGAGGGCAGCUCAGAGAUUUCUGAAAGAUGGUGAUAAGGUUGAUUUUCCGAAAUACUGGUGUUUUCCUGUUCUGGUAAAGAAUUACCUUGUUAAUUGUUUUGGUAACUUUUGAAGGUUAAAGUCGUUGUGAGCUUAAAAGGCCGGGAAAAGGAGUUCAGAAAUAAUGCCAUUGAGCUUAUCAAACGUUUCCAGAAUGAUGUGGGAGAGGUAUUUCCAAUUGGUUUUGAAUCAAACAUUACCAAAACUUAGAUAGGUUGGCUUAUCUUAUUGUUAGCAGUUUGUGGUGUUUGCUAAAAAUGGGUUGUUUCUACAUAGUAUCUUAAACCAUAACGGUUCUUUCUAUGGCCUAAUUUAAUUAUUUGAGUAGAUGCCAUAAUGACAGUCACAAAUUGAGUAGUGGAACGCUAGAAACAGGGUUUAACUUUCGAUGUGGUUAGAAGCUGGCAUAGAUAGUUGAGGACCCAAUGUGGAGCUAAUGUUUUUGAGGGUAUGAUUUUGUAGCGUGGGUAGAAAAUUACAUGCAAAUUUUACAUUUCGGCAAGCUGCUUGGGUUGAAGUACUGCUAUGUUAGGGAAAAAGAAGCUGGGGGUGGAUGGUGGGGGUGCCAUUAGGCAUGAGAGAAUCACCUGGAGGCUGUAUGCGGAGUUGGCCUUGGUCGGAGGAGUGGCUGAGAGGAAGAAAUGGCAGAAGAAAUUCAUCAGAGUAAAAUGGAAACCUGGUCAUAAAAAUGAAUAAGUGAUUCAUUUUGGGUUUGGUUUGGUUAUUGAAGUGAAGUUUGAGGCAUCAUAGUUAAGGGACAAAUAUAUAAGCCUCAGAUAUAUCAUUUUGUGUUUAAUACUUCUGCUGAUUUUCUUUACUCAUUUUUUUUUUAAAGGAAGAAACUACAUUAAGUAGACUGAAUCAAUGACUGUGUUAGAGAAAAUAAAGGAAUGUAAUCCAGCUCAUAGGAACUGUGAUAAACACGUGAUUUAGAUGUGCGUUUGAGAUUUUUCAGUGCAUUGGUAUAACGCGCAGAGAAUAUAGAAUUAUCAAGCAAACUGAAAGUGCAAUGGAAAGCCCCACGAAUUUGGAAAUGAUCGUAUUAUGAAAGCCAUAAAAUAUCUGACUAGACAAAUAAAGCAGUAUGUUCUUGUAUAAUGCAAUAGUGGGAUAUUCUAUAUAGUCGAUGACACAUAGCGGGACAAGGACUUAAUUUUAAUUUUUAUUGUUGAGCAGAUCAGAAACCCUUGUCAUCAUGAUGUUACAAUUAGUUUCUACAAUAUUUUCAAUCCCACUUUCAUCCUACAAGUGAUUGUGCAAGUGCAACUGCCUGUGCUGUUCACAAUUUUCAAUUCUGCAUAUGUAGUCAUUUUUACAUCUGUAGAGAACUGAACGCGUGGUGGAUGGGAAUUUGAUUCUUCUUAGUUGUGUUAGCUGUGGUUAUUGGGUUACUUUCUAAUUUGUUAGUAGUUUCCUCGCUGCACCAUUCUAUGCUUGUUAGAUUAUCUGGUUUUGUUUUUUUGGGACGGGGGACGCGGGCACAUAUGUGUUUACUAUUUUACUAUUUUGGUUGAGCUUUCUUAAAAGAAAUGAAGAAAAUUGCUUGAGAUUGUACUAUUUCAGUCAGCAAUGCUUUGUAGUUAAUUUGGUUUCUUUGUCUUUCUUCCUCAACUGAAUGUUUCCUGUUCCUACGUAUUCAAAUGUGCAGUUGGCAACGGAAGAGGCCAAAAAUUUCAAGGAUCGAAACUUGUUUGUAGUUUUAGUUCCAAACAAGGCUGUUCUGCAGAAAGGAAAGGAAGAGCCAAAGAAAAAGGAUAAAUCUGCGGUAACUGAUGUCGCAGCAACUGAAGUGUCAGCUAGUGUUUAAGCCCGUUUCAGGAGUAAUCUAUAUGUAACUUGCGACACAUUUUGAUCCUCUUAUUAGCGGGAAGUUAGUUUGGAGCAUACGCAUUUUGUGCACACUAGAUGAAUGGGAAACUAGGUAGGAGUUCGACCAUUUGUAUAGAAUUAGUUCAACACACCCUUAGGUGUAAAUAGUUUUGCCAUUAGUCGUGACUCUCAACUUCAUUUUUGUUGUAAUCAUCCUAUAGCACCCGAUUUCCCCUUCCUCGAUUUCCUUCUGAUGCAUGCUCUAAAGAAAAAAAACUUUAUUUCUAUCUGGAUACGGGUGAUAUGGUGUAGCGUUUGUUUUCGAAAGGUUCAAAAUCAUAUGCAUCCGAAGUUUAUGAUGAACCUUGAAGUUCAAUUUUCCUUAGGCUCAGGAUUUCAGGAUUGUUUCAAACUUACAGAAGGGCCAAUGGUGAAACUUGUCUUUCCUGAUGCAGAAUAUCCAACUCACUGACCAAACUUUUCUCCAGCAGAACAGGACAGUUGUGCAUGACUUACUCUUGAAGUACUUCAUGGCCAAGCAUUCUCCAUCCUCUAGCUCUUAACUAAUACAGAGAUUAGUUUGCUUGUCUCAAUUUCGUGUACUUAACAUAUCCCAUUAGGGCCAUCAGUAAAUAAAUAUCAUUUUAGCUGAAAAUUUUGGGGAAAAAAAAAUCUGGUGUCAUGUUGAUGGUUCAAUCAUUGAUCCAGUGACUUCUGCGCGGGUUAUUAUAAUUGUGAUAUAAUCUAAUGGAAAAUUGAUCGAACAUAUUCACUCAAUGGA